AUGAAGUUUCCAGAACUAGCCCUUCUCGUCGCCGCCGCCGCCGCGCCAGCCAGCGCCUACGCCAUCGAGGCCGACGGCGUCAACUGUCGCGCCGGGCCUUCGACCAGCGACAAGGUCCUGCGAACCUACAACAAGGGCCACCAAGUCAAGCUCGAGUGCCAGACGGCCGGGCAAAACAUCAACGGCGACUCUCUCUGGGACAAGACCACCGACGGCUGCUUCGUCGCCGACUACUACGUCAAGACGGGCACAAGCGGCAUGGUCACCGGCCAGUGCCGCGGCGCGGGCGGCGCCAUCAACGCCAAAAUCAGCCGUCAGGACAUCAUAGCCCGCGGCCAGUACUGGGUCUCCAAGCACGUCCCGUACUCCAUGGACGCGACUUACCCCGACCAGCAGGGCACGCGCUACAGGACCGACUGCUCCGGCUUCGUCACCAUGGCCCUCCACGCCACGCCUCCCGGCUACAGCACCGUGACCCUUCCCGAAAUCUGCAAGCCCAUCUCCUGGGCUGAGCUUCAGCCCGGCGACUUGGUUGGCACGCUUGGGCCCGGGACCGGCGGUGCUGCCGGCCACGUCACGCUUUUCCACUCGUGGGCCGACGCUUCCAGGAGCUCGUACAACACGCUUGAGUGCAGGGGCGGUGCUGGCUGCGUUGCCUACAAGCGUCCUGUUGGCUGGAAGGAUGGUCCGUACACGGCCAAGCCUUAUAGAUACAUCCGAGUUGAGUAG